GACCAUCUAGCAAAUAGGCGGCGUUCGCACGGAAGUGAAAGGUGAGGAUAACCAAGUUAUCACAAGGGUUUGCUUGCAGGAUGGGUGAUGAUAAAAUGAUACAGAAGUUUCAGCUCGUUGGUCUAAGUGAGAAAAAGGCGCAGGAGACUCUCAAGAAUGAACUGGUAUCGGGGAACCUUUCUAAGGUGAUCGACGAGGCGCUUCGACACUCGCCAUCUGGAUUAUCCAAAACAGUUGGAAAUCUGCUCUAUGGCUGUGCAACGAAAGUGAAAAAGCAAAUCCUGGACCACUUGCCUCUGCUUGCUGAGUACAUAGCAAAAGAGAAGAUCGACACUGAUGCCCGUCUGAGUGCAGCUUUGGAGUAUUUGUUAUCAAGCCCAAGUGCUCCAGUCAAUCUUAAAGCUUUUGAAAGUGCUUGUGGGGUUGGAGUCAUUGUAACACCUCAGCAGAUAUCUGCCUCUGUUACCAAGCUUUUAAAACAUCACAAAAAGGAACUGCUAGAAAAGAGGUACCAGUUCAGCAUUGGCAUCAUCCUGGGAAGCUUGCGGAAAGAGCUGCCAUGGGCAGAUGGUAGGCUGGUGAAGACGGAAGUGGAUGCACAGAUCUUGUCAAUGCUUGGGCCAAGAACCGAAGAAGAUAGUGCACCAGCAUCAAAAAAGAAAACAAAGAAGGAAAAGACUGAGACAUCAAAUAAUGGUACUGGUGCUGGUGGGGACAUAGAAUCCUCAGAUGGUGCAGCAACAAUCACUGAGUUGAUGAAAAAAGUCAGCUUUCACAAACCUGGUGAGAACUAUAAAACUGAUGGGUAUGUUAUCACCAACAACACAAUGAAGCACAUGGAAAAACACCUGGCUUUAACCAAAGGUCAGGUGAGAACAAGAUUUCCUCCAGAGCCCAAUGGCAUCCUUCACAUUGGCCAUGCAAAAGCCAUCAACAUCAACUUUGGUUAUGCUGCAGCCCAUGAUGGCAUCUGCUUUCUCCGAUAUGAUGACACAAACCCUGAGAAGGAGGAGGAAAAGUUCUUUGUUGGUAUCCUGGACAUGGUGCAGUGGCUUGGCUACAAGCCACACGACAUCACCCAUUCAUCUGACUACUUCGAUCAGCUGUAUGAGUGGGCGCGAGAGCUGAUCACGAAGGGCCUGGCCUACGUCUGCCACCAGACCGCGGAAGAGGUGAAGGGCAUCAACUCGCCGGCCUCGCCCUGGCGCGAUCGCCCGGCCGCAGAGAGCCUCCAGCUGUUCCAGGACAUGAAGAACGGCAAGAUCGAGGAGGGCGCCGCCACGCUGCGGCUCAAGGUCACGCUUGAGGAGGGCAAGCAGGAUCCGGUGGCCUACCGGAUCAAGUUCGUGCCGCACCACCGCACCGGCGACCGCUGGUGCAUCUACCCCACCUACGACUACACGCACUGUCUGUGCGAUUCGCUGGAGAACAUCACACACUCGCUGUGCACCAAAGAGUUCCAGGCGCGCCGCUCCUCCUACUACUGGCUCUGUAACGCCGUCGACACGUACUGCCCCGUCCAGUGGGAGUACGGCCGGCUCAACGUCGGCUACACGGUGGUGUCGAAGCGCAAGAUCGGCCGCCUGAUCUCGGAGGGCCUGGUGGCCGACUGGGACGACCCGCGCCUGUUCACGCUGACGGCGCUGCGGCGGCGCGGCUUCCCGGCGCAGGCCAUUAAUAACUUCUGCGCGCGGCUCGGCCUGACCGGCGCCCAGAUCGUCAUCGAGCCCGAGAUGCUCGAGUCGGAGGUGCGCGACGCGCUCAACGCCAGCGCGCCGCGCGCCAUGGCCGUGAUCGAGCCGCUGAAGGUGACGAUCGAGAACCUGCCGGCGGCGGCGGCCGGGCCGCUCCAGGUGCCCGACUUCCCCAACGAGCCGCAGCGCGGCGCCCACCAGGUCACGCUCGGCGCCGAGAUCUUCAUCGAGCGCUCCGACUACCGGGCCGCCGACGAGAAGGGCUACCGCCGGCUGACGCCCGGCCAGCCGGUCGGCCUGCGCCACGCCGGCUUCGUGGUGCGCCUGGAGCGCGAGGUGCGCGACGCGGCCGGCGCGCUGACCGAGCUGCGCGUCACCUGCCAGCCGGUCAGCGCCGCCGAAAAGCCCAAGGCGUUCAUCCACUGGGUGUCGAGCCCGCGCCCGUGCGAGGUGCGCCUCUACGAGCGCCUGUUCCGGCACAAGAACCCGGAGGACGCGGCCGAGGUGCCCGGCGGCUUCCUGUCCGACGUCAACCCGGACUCGCGCACCGUGUGCACGGCGCUGCUCGACGGCCGGUUCCGCGCCAACGUCUACGACCGGUUCCAGUUCGAGCGCGUCGGCUUCUUCUCCGUGGAUCCGGACUCCACCGAUGAGCGGCUGGUGUUCAACCGGACCGUGACGCUCAAGGAGGACACUGGGAAGAACUGACCGCCGGGGGGCACGAGGCCCGCUGCGAAUGCUUCGCUUUGUUUGUUACGGCCGCUUGGUCCUGUCUUGGAACAAUACAAGGCGAGUUGGUUCGGU